CGUUUGGCAGCUGUACCAGGAGCUCUCAACAUGAGGUCCAGAGAGGUGUCUAUGUAAGUGAAUGAGGCUAUUGUUAGGCAGAAUAAAUGAAAUAACCUGUCAGAGAGAAAGCAGAAACACCAGGAGUGGCGAAUACAACAGUUUGGAACAUUCCUAAAACGAAGGAAUUAACUGGCGGCUCAGCGUUAACAAAGGGCCUGAAAGACCACGGACAACAACUAAAGUGGAUCAGCUCAGAAUUCUGUACCUGGUUAAAAAGAAGCCAUUCACCACAUCUAGUUAAGUCAUGAGCGCUCUCGAGGAGGUCGACGCGUUAUUAGAGCUGGGCAGAAAAGUCCUAAAGACACGAAGACGCCCUGGGCCGACGAAACCGCGGUCAACUUGUACCACAGUGAUGAGGAAUGAGGAGAAACAGCCCAUUAUCCAGAGCAGCGGAGCGCGGUGGCAGCGUGUUAUGGCACGGACGCGUGGCCGUCGGCGGAACCGGAUGGUGCUGAUGGAAGAUGGGACCGCUGGGUCAAAUAGGUGCAGGUGGGUCAUCACCGAACCCGAGCAGCAGAAGGAACCAGGCGUCUACGGACAACAAACGGGAUAUUCUCCACCACUGCGCUCUGUUCCACCUGGUCUCAGCCCAGUAGAACCAAUGGACCAACACUGGAGCGACAGUGAAGUCCAGGAGAAGCGUCUCUGCCGGAAACCUGCACAUGGUCCCUGAGUUCCAGGCCACAGAGUCUCAGACACAAAGGCAGAGCUUCUGAGCUGAGCAUGUGAGGAAACUGCUUUCUACUGGUUAGAUGUCUGCACAUUCACUGUCUAAUAUUUAAUGUGAGAAUUGUGUAAUCGCUCUUCAUCUGUUGUCACCACUGGGUGGCACUCAACCCCAGAUAUUCAUUUCCAAAAUCAGUCUUUAUAAUUCUAGACGUCGAUUAAGCAUUUACCUUAAGUGUGAGUCAGGCAUUACUUGACUGGCACCUGAACGCUUUCUGCCCUGUGGCCGUGGGGAAGUGAGGCGCACUCGCAGGCGGAUGCAGCCGCGGGAUGACGCACGCGUCUAUGUUCCAAGCAAGAGGCUGAGAGGCACGUGGAAAUCCCCCCCUUUGUGGCUGGCUCGAAUUCCAGUCCAGGGUUUGACUGAACCAGCAACCAGCCUGCAGGAAUCCCAGCAGAGCUCUGCUGAUUUCAGGUUUUACAUCGAGAACCACACGCGGAACCCGGACGACCUGAGCCGGAAGCAGGUCCGGAUCUACCAGCUGUACAGCAGGACCACGGGGAAGCACGUGCAGAUCCUGGGGAAGAAGAUCAAUGCCAACGGAGAUGAUGGGGGCAAGUAUGCUCUCCUCGUUGUGGAGACGGAAACCUUCGGGAGCCACGUCCGGAUAAAAGGAAAGGAGAGCGAGCACUACAUCUGCAUGAACGAGAAGGGCAAAAUAGUGGGAAGGCCCGACGGACGGAAGCAGGAUUGUGUGUUUGUGGAGGAAUUCCUGGAGAACAACUACACGGCCCUGGUGUCGGCCAAGUACAAAGGAUGGUACCUGGGCUUCAACCGCAAGGGGCGGCCCAAAAAGGGCUCGCGCACCACGCAGCGGCAGCAGGAGGUCCACUUCAUGAAGCGCCAGCCCAAGGGCCGCGUGGACCCGCUGGAGGAGUUCCGCUUCACCACAGUCACUAAGCGGACGCGACGGGCGCGGCGGUUGAAACCCAGCCCCCGGAGGAACUGACGGCUCCAGCGGGACGGACCCGGACUGCGAAAGCCCACCUUUCUGUAAAAGACCACGUUCAAAAAGAGCAAAAAGGUCAAAGAUGUUCUACUGCGGCAUUUCAGGAUGACUGAGCAGCUCACACCGUGUGUGUCGUGUUAUUUAUACUGGAUAAACUAAAGGACCUCUGAGAGAAUUCCUGUCACACUCGUUCUCACCUUCUUUUUCGGCAGUGGGGGCUGAAGCGGGACCUGUAAUGUUAUAAAAAUCAGCCAGCUAGAGAUUUAUUGGAAUACCUGUCGGUUUUUGUUUGCGUUGCCCCUGACAACACGGAUCCCAUACUUUCCACUGGAUUCAGACACCAUGGAGAUGAAACGGGGGAGAGGUGGCGGUCGCAGGUGACGCUGUGUAGCUUUGAGUGCAAUAUUUUACAGGCCCCUCUCUCUCUCGCGCUCGCUCGCCCGCUCGUCUUCGUCGUCCUGGUUUUGUUUUUCUGUACGUCUCUCAUCCUCCGCUCCGCUCGUCGCUCCUGGAAUGCUCCAACCCUCGCAGUGCUGCCUGGGAUUUCCUCCACGUUUCCAUGCAGCCUGCGACGCGGCUAACACACAACAUGCUUUGACUAGUCAGGCUCCAGCUGUGGCUUUAACUGUCUCUAAACACACAAACAGCAGCUGAUGUGAUUCCUCACUCCACCACGUCUUCCAGCUUCAUCACGUCUGGGAGACGGAUGCAAAUCGAGCUUCUUCUCUCCUCGAACUCGUAGGAGUUUGACUCUGAGCGUGAUAUUUGGGGAUGAAGACUUCCUCUACCUCCUUGUUCCUUCUCGUUUAUCUUUAUUUGUGACUGUCUGCGUGCUGGUAAUCUCAAGCAUCUGUCAGUCGAUGCUGAGCUGGACCUGGGUCCUGUGGUCGUCUGAGAGCCACGGACGGGAAAGCUGGGGCUCGUUCGACUCCCAGUCACUUCAGAAAUCCACAGGACAAUUGAGACUUCUCCUUAGAAACCUAAAGGACUAAGUUGGUCCGGAUUCAGGGAAAACUCGGCAAUCUGUGGUAAAAGGGGAACGUUUGCUCUUUGGCCUCUUUGUACCUUUAGUAUGUAUUCACCUGUCCACUGGCAGGCUUUUGUAUGAGUUGCUACUAACAUGACACAUUUAUGGGUUUUUUAAACAAUUGUAAGCAAAUUAAUUUUAUGACUAUUAUAAAGAUAUUUAUUGCCUCCCUUUGUAAAUAAAAUUUGAUGAGUUUUAUCUGGCCUCUUUUAAUAAAACGAGGACUAUAUUUUAAA